AUGCGGGCAUUUUUCGGCGAUGGCCACUCGUUGUGUCGAUUGGGAGUCACUCCGCAGUGUCCUCGGGGUCUCUCUUGGGAACACGUGUCGUGCGAACAACCAUUCGUUUACAUAAGUGUCGGCGGAAACGAUAAUUUUAUACAAGUUUGGGCGACAGCGAGAGAUGGAUCCGCUUUCUUAAGACACGGCAUCAGUCGUACAUCUCCUGCGGGAACGGUUUGGUUUCACAUCGAAUCGCCGCGACCUAAGUGUCCGCUCAAACAGGUUUGCGUCGGAAAGACCAGUGUUUGGGCCGUCGACGAGAAGCACAGGCUAUGGUUUAGGGAAGAAAUCGUCGCAACAUUUCCAGAGGGGACUCAUUGGAAGAAAGUGGACGACUGUGUCCUUAAGAUAUGUGUUAAUAAUUAUAACGAUUUGUGGGCUAUUGUCGGCACUCAACACAACGACUCGAUUGUCUAUAAAGUGGCCAAAAGAAUGGGUGUUUCCGAUGAACUCAGAGUCGGAACCGAUUGGCAAACAUUUAAUAAACAUUUGGAUUGUUUUCAAUUUAUUAGUUCCGCAAAUAAUAGCUAUUGUGACACCAAAUUGUGA